GAAGCGUUCUUGGUAUUAUUGAUAUGCUACCCAAAAAACCGGACAUGAUUUUCGACGAUAUGGCUAAAUACCUGCCGAACCAUUGGUACCCUAUGGAUUCGGGUGAAGCCAGGUACCUCGUUAUUCCCGUGCCUCCGUACAGUACCGAAUUCGAAGAAGUUAUGCAGAGAUUCAAGGGCGACUAUUACUGUAAGAUAACCGGCCUUUACAAAGUUCAGAACCCUCUCAUGUACACAAAAUUUGCGCUCAAGCAGCACGAUUACUCUCAGAGGGGCCCCUUUACCAUAAAACAACUCUAUCAUGAUACAUCCGAUCGCAACAUCCAUUCUAUAAGCGAAUUCAAUUUCGAUUGGAAGUGUGGGACCCGGUUCAUGUUUGGACCAGGAGUGUACUUUUCAAUCAGCCCAGAUAUAGCAUCCAAGCACAGCUCCAAGUCGAAUGGCAUCAAUCGUGCGAUGUUUUUGGUAGACGUAUUAGUUCAGAACGUGGAGUACGGAGACGAAAGAACAUUUUUGCCUAACCCUGGUUGUGACACUGUGGUUGCCCACGGGGGAGUCACCUAUGUUAAGUAUUUUGAUUGUGAAUACUAUCCCGCUUAUGUAGUCAGUUACAUGAGUAGGAGGAAUCCAAAUUUUAUGUAUUUUAAUUAA